AUGCCAUUACGCGGAUUUGACGAUGAUCUGACAUUGCAGUGCCAUGGACGUCUAGUCGUACCGAUGGUGAAAGCGACCAUAGGCUUGCAAAGAGCCUCGAUAGAAGAAGAAAUUGGAUUCGUUGGUCUCGUCCGUCAUGUAUGGUGGGCCGAGAAAUGGGUGGAACGUUCGCGGCUGCGCUUUUACGAUGAGGACAAUUCAAAGCGUUUAGUCACAGAGUGCAGUCUCCGUAGAUGCCCUUAG